GGCCUUUGAACUGAGCGGGAUCUAAAGAUUCUCCUGAUUGGCUAAUAGGCUGCUGUCCGCUCAGUGCUUGUUACUGUAGCCAGUCUCGGUUCCGGUGCAGAACACCGGCUUCGUUCUAAUCGCGUGCUGACAGCCGCCUCUGCAGCCCACAAUACAGCGAGACCUUCUCCCUCUGCAUACAGGCGCUCUAAUUGCAGGUCCGUGUAAAUAUAUGUAUAAGCUGGGAGUGCCUUUUAUCUGUCAUUUUUACAAUUUUUAGGCCCAUUUUCUGCAUAUGCACUGAUCUCAUGCGCCCACGUUCAGUGUCUUGAGGUCUUGCCCCAUAUUAAUUGGGGCUCUCUUGUGACCUCCAGCCCUCUUGUUCGCCCGCUGUCAUCUGGCUAUAUGCCCUCUUUUGCAUAGCGCUGCAAAGUAUAAUCGCUUGUUGAAAAAACAGGACAUGUAGGUCUCAUGUAACAUAAACAAUAAUAGGUUUUUAAAAAUCAGCAAGUUCCUCUCACCAUAGCAGAGAUUGGCUAACAAUUUCUUUACCUAUUCUUGGUGCUCCAGAGCUUUUUAAAGAGAGGUUACGCAUGACCCACACACUAAUGCACAACCAGAGUUUAUGGGAUAUAUUGUUUAGCUUCCUAUUUAAAGAAUCAGUCUUGGUACCAUAACUCGUACAGCCUGCUGUAGUUUAGAUUCUGUCCAGUUGUAGACCUUUAGGGGAGCACUCCUGAUGUUACCCACGUCAGGUUACUUACCCGUAGUCUAACAUCCUGCCAUGUUGUACAGUCAAUGUUUUUAAAUAUAUAGUGUGUGGCAGCUGAUUGCCGUGAGAGUGCUUGCAGAAAGCAUGCUCAGGACUCUAUGAUGAUGCUGUGAUAUGUGCUCCUCACAGCUCCUGGUGGCAUAUCCUGAUUGUGGUGGGCACCGUUAGUCCCAUGGUUCUCAACCAUGCUAAAGGUAUGUGGUAAAUAAAUAUAUGAUUAGGGAGACCAGAGUAACAGGUGAGAGGGAAAACAUGGAGAGAGAGAGACAAGAGUGUUGAGGGAGAGAAUAAGAGGAGAGGGGGGAAAGGGUGGUGUUAAAGGGACACUAUAGUCACCCAGAACACUUCAGUUCAAUCAAGUGGUCUGGGUGCCAGGUCCUUCAGGUUUUAACCCUUGACGUGUAAACAUAGCAGGGUUAAUCCAACCUCUAGUAGCUGUCUUCCUGACAGCCGCUAGAGGUGCAUCUGCGACGCUGGAUGCGAAAUUCGCAUCCAGCAUGCAGAACGUCCAUAGGAAAGCGUUGAGAAAUGUUUUCCUAUAGACAGUUUGAAUGUGCACACGGCACUUGCCGCUCAUGCGCAUUCCGCUCCACUGGGAGCUGCGUCGGCGGGGGAGGAGAGGUUACCAGCACAGAGGGAGCCCGGUGCUGGAUUAAGGUAAGUUGCGGAAGGGGUUUUAAUCCCUUCAGCGCCACCGGAGGGGGACCCUGAGGGUGGGGGCACCCUUAGUGCACUAUAGUGUCAGGAAAACCGCUUUGUUUUCCUGACACUUUAGUGAUCCUUUAAAUAUGGAGAAAAUAACAAAAGGGCAUAAUCAGUAGAGAAGGACACAAGGGGGGAGGGAAUUGAAAUAGGGGCACCACCAAUUCAAAGCUUCCCAAUAAGGGACAAUGCCUCCAGUAGCUGUCUGUGUGACCGUCGCUAUAGGCUUGAUGAUCUCCGCCAGGGAGGUGGGAUGGCAAAGCAGUUUGGUAAGUGAGAAAAGGGGUAAGUAAAUAUCUACUUUUUAAAGCUUACGAAGGGGGGUGACUCUUACCUGGUGGGACAUUACUGGGGAAUUGUUGGCAUUAUAACUGCUACAGUGCACUGUAUUUGUUAUGGUCAACGUUUGUGAGCUUAGAGGGUACUCCAUAGACAAGAGCAAUGUAACAUGUAUAUGUCUGUCUAUUCCCUAUUUACCUCCUGGGCUCAUAAACCUUGCCAUUUAAUCCCACUAGCUGACCUCUCUUUGUACUCUUCAUUUUAAAAAGUUAGUCUAAACACCAAGUCUUAAGAAGGGAUUUUUAUUUUUAUAUAUUUGCACCCAUUGAUUUGUAUGCAUCAGUAUGAUUACAGGAAAUGUCACUCUGUGUAUGAAAAAACAGAAUCAUUUGCGUGGGAGAAUUUUAAGAAGAGGGAAAUUUUGAUUGAUCUGUAUCAUUGUAAAAAUGUCAAAACUGAAUUUCAUUUCAUAAAUUCCUUCUCCUGAAGGUGUGAAUGGUGAUAGAUGCCAGUGUCGCAAAGAGCUCCACAUAAAAAUAAGAGCAUAAAAAUGUUUGUUGGUAAUGGCUUACUUUGGCAGCACAGGUGUUUUUCAACUACAUGUCUUGUGAUGCUCACUCAGGGAAAUGUAGUUUAAAACAAUCAUGGGUGCCAUGGUACCCCAUCACUGGUAUCUAGGCAUACCAAAAUGCUUUGGUUAAUGUUAUGCGGAAAUUAAUUAUGCACAUUAGUGUUCUCUCGGGCACUGAUUCCUUUUACUUUUAGUGUGUGCAGUCAUAUAAUCAUUUAGACCACAGAGUUUAAGAAAAGUGCUUUUUAUAUUUGUUUUAGGGUGUAUUAUAUUAAAAUCUAAAACUGUUUCAUCAAGCUAAUUUUACAAUUGACGAAUGUGUCUUAUAUCUAACACCAUGCACAUAACGUGCCUCUCUCUAACAAAAGGUCAACAACCACUGCUCUAGGGCAUUAUAAAUAUCUUUUUACCUGAGUUUUUUUUCAUUUUGUGUGUGGUUCUGUUUCUAGGAAAAUGCAACGCACUUCACGUUUAAACAGGGAGCUGCAGCUUCUUAACACAGAGCCUCCUCCUGGGGUCACCUGCUGGCAGCAUGAAAACAAGAUGGAUGAUCUACGAGCCCGUGAGUAUGAUCCAUCUUGUUAUCAAAUAUUACUAUAAAUGUUGCUAAAACUGAAGCUCGGUCAUAUAUAUGUUACCGUUAAAGUGCAGAAAUCAGUUAAUGUGCACAUUACCUAGUUAAUCUGCAGAUUAAAUAGGGCGAUCAGUUAAAGUGCAGAAAAUGAUUUCGUUUCUCAAAUAUUUCUCACAUUACAUAGGUAAUCUGCAAAUUACCUACUAGGCACUCGUUAAAGUGCAAAAAAAUAAUUUUGUCCUCCAUCUCUCUGAGGGUCUCACAGCUCUGAAGGACACCAUGGUGUGCACAGGCUGCUGUUCUGUUCUUGUCUGGAUCAUAUAGUCACAUACCUCUUCAAACAGUUAUCCCGAACUGGUAAGAAACGAGGAGCCCUCACCACCACAUGAGAGCGAGCGCUUCCUGCACAUUAUGCAGCAACACCCUGAAUUGAUCCCAGCAGAUGCUCUCCACUGUUCUCAAUAUCAUCAUAUAUUUGAAGACUGUCGGAAUCAGUGGUCCAUGAGCAGACCUCUCCUUGGUCUCAUUCUUCUCAAUGAGAGAAGUAUUUCUCAGACGUACGGAGCAGUAUUGUUAGUAGCUAGCCCCCUCUGAGAAGCAACAAGCCAUGCGUCUAUGCUUUGAGAAUUUGAUGGUGGAGGGCAUUGAAAGGAACUUGCUCACAAAAGAAUCGAGACAUGUUCACGCAUAAUCUUUCUGCCUUCAGACGAGAAGUGAACGACUCUGCAGAGACUGCACUGAAAGGGUGAAACAGGUUCUGCAAGGACGUUUUUGUAAUAAAUAAUUUCCUCUUUUACCGAGGGAAAGAAACAAACAUUUUGCACUUUAACUAUACGGAAGCAGUUAAUGUGCACAUUACCUAGGUAAAGUGCGGAAAACUCUUGAUUCCGCACUUUAACGGAGCAAAUCAGUUAAUCUGCAGAUUAACUAGGUAAUGUGCACAUUAACUGAUUUCUCACUUUAACUGUAACAUAUACAUAUGUACCAUCUCAAAUGAGCAUAUGUGUUUUUAACUCCAUUAGAUACUGCACAUGUUCCAGAGAUUUUGUAUACUUUCUCUAAAUUGCACUGCCUAAAAAUAUCUUGGUUAAUCCAUGUUAUUACUUUCUAACCAAAAGCAGAAAUGAAGAGCACAUAUGGAUGAUGUCAGUAAUAGAGGAUGUUGCUACUGCCUCAUGGAAGUCACUCAUGGUCCCUACAGUCAUAGUCUAAGAGCAAUAAGUAGAACAAUCACUUGCUGCUAAUUCACUGGAGUGAAGUUCUCAUUGAUUUUUUUGUUGUGAUUUUUCUCUGUGUAGAGAAAGAUGAUACAUUUUGUCUUUCCCUUCAUAAUGGAUGAUGUUCUAAAUAGUUCCUGUUUCUCAUCAGAGGUUGUUGGUGGCUCUGGUUCUCCAUAUGAGGGUGGUAUCUUCAACUUGGAGAUUGUAAUUCCAGAAAGGUAUGGAAAGAAAUUUCAUAUCCAUUCUUGUAUGUGGUGAGUGUCAUGACCAGGUUUACCUGCAAGCUCCAACAGUGGGGAGAGGGUGGGUAUGUAAUAGGUUAAUAGAACUUGGCUUCUGGAUUUAUUAACUCUACCCUCUGCCAGAGCACAAAAUUAGAUUAAAUUAACCUCCAAAUACCACCUACAACGCCCUAGGUUCUAGUUAAAAGACAUAAACAGUUUGUUUCGAAAGGUUUCUCUGAAUCAAAUUCCUUUUAAUCCACAUUGGGAGUAAUCCAUCGUCCAGGAUUUACAUGUGAAGGUAAAUUCAAUUAAAUUCAGUCUUAUUCAAUGAAUACAACUUCACAGGUAAAUCCUGGACAAUCAAAACAUUUUUUGCACUGCUACCACCAAGACUCUAUAUGGGCAUCUUCAGGUACCCUUUAAAUCUGACACCAACUCGUUCUGGAUAGACUAUUCAUAUUUUAACUGUAGCUAAGCAAUAAGAAUUUUGUGCACUGAUGAUCCAGUUUUACAUUAAUGGAAAGUGUAUAUCACUAGAGUCUAGAUAGGCCUUCAAUUGGGUCCUGAAGAGCACAGGCACAUAAUGUAAUUAAUGAUUGGGAAAGAGGUGAGCUCUUGAGGUUGCGUUAGCAUUAAUGUCAGACUGAGGUAUUUGCAAGGCCAGAAAGUUGCAGUAGUCAAGUCAGAAAAUCAGUGCAUCAAAAAAGUUUUAGUAUAAAGAUCAUGCCCAUCCAGUGUCACUGCUUAAUUAUCUGCCAUUUAGUAGUUAAAUCACUUUUGUUUAUGUUUAUGCAGCUAUAUCCACAACACCCCACCUCUUUUGUUACUAACAUGGCCAACAUGAAAAAAAGUUUCAUUUUAAAUCAGAUGUGACAGCACAAUGUGUUUAUUUUAGAUGUUUUUUUUAUCUAGUGCCCUGUUAAUUUAACUGUAAUCAAACACAGGGCUGCAGACUAUUAAAGCAGGAGAUAAUAAAUUAUAAAUGAAACAGAUUGUGCAAUAAAGAAAGUUUAAAUAUUAUAUCUCUCUGUACAGGAAAUGUGUAUGUAGACUGUGUAGGUCACGUGCAGGAGAGGUAUGACUAGGGCUGUAUAAAUAAAGUGAUUUAACCUACUUCCUAAAUGGCAGAUAAUUGAGCAGUUAGACUUCAGGGGCAUGAUCUAUGCACAAAACACUUAUUUACGCUAAAGCUGUUUUGAUGCUUAUUGGCAGAGCUGCAGUGUGGUGGAGAAGGGAGUUAAAGGUGUUAGGAACCAUAAGAAUUGGUAGAGAUGAGGGAAGUAAAAUGCUCUAAUUUAGCAAGGGAGAGGGCAGAAGUAUAGGGACAUACCUUGAAUUUAUUGUAGACAGUUUGGUAUGAUGCAAGACUUUCUCCAACAAUGUUCUGCAGUACAAAACAUUUCUGGAGAUAAUGAGUGAGCUUGAUGUGCCAGGAUUAUAUGGUUGUCACAUAGAAAGAGCUUCAAUUAAUGCAACCACGUUUAGAGUGGUAGGCAGGACACAAUUGUAUGAGAUAGCUUUGAAGAGUCAGGAGAGAAUUGAGAAACUAAGGAAGACAAGUGACGCAGAUCAAGGGAGCUAAGAUUUCUGAGAGCCAAAAAUAAGAUUUAAAGGUACACUAUAGGCACCCAGACCACCUCAGCUCAUUAAAGUGGUGUGGGUGCAGUGUCCCAGUCCCACUUAGUCCUGCCAUUUAAAUCAUUGCAGUUUCUAAGAAAUCCAAAAUUAAAGCAAAAAUACCCAAGUCCUGACCAUAGCAAAGUUAGAGAAUAGUUCCAGAUCAGCUAUCUUUGCCUCCAUUUUUCCAUUGUUCUUGUCAAUGUCCAUGACUCAAGACAAGGGCAUCCAAUCUUUGAUAUUAUUUUGUGUCAGGACAAGUAGAAUAUACUGGCGAACAAGUAAUUGGGCUACCACUUUAGUCCAUUGGACAUGCUGAUUUAUUAAAAAAUUCCACACCUGUGAUGAUUUUGUUGGAUAGUUAAUACUUUUCCAAACACUACCUUUGUUGCAACACUGCAUUGCUGCAAGUACCAGAGCUUUCUGCUUUAUUUGAAAUGCUACCUAGGUUCCGGGACCAAUUCAGAAUACAGUUUAUUUCUUUGUAGUUUGCAAGUGCACUAAAAGGUUCUCAAUCUGAAAGAAUAUGGUCAGCUUUGGUUUUUAGUUGUUUUUUUUUUUUUUUUGUCUUGCAGAUAUCCUUUUGAGCCCCCCAAGAUUCGAUUCUUGACCCCAAUCUACCAUCCCAACAUUGACACAGCAGGGAGAAUAUGCCUGGAUAUUCUCAAACUGCCCCCCAAAGUAAGAUAGCCCUAGCUUACCUUGAGUAUGGUGUUGUGUUUUUUGUCAGUGUCUGGGAUGUCACAUUUGUCCUUGAUGGCAUAUGACCAGUCUGUAUCACACAGGGUGCUUGGAGACCGGCCCUCAACAUAUCCACUGUUCUUACUUCUAUCCAGCUGUUGAUGAAUGAGCCAAAUCCAGAUGAUCCUCUCAUGGCUGACAUUGUGAGUGUCACAUUAUGGCUAGUUUUUGAAGAUCUGUGACUUUCCAGAUGUUGGUGAAACAUAGGGAUGCACCAAAAUGAAAAUUCUGGGCCGAAACUUCAGGAUGCCCUUGGCCGAAAACCGAAAAUGACUUCUAUAAUUUUAUUAAUAUUAGACUUUUUAAUGAAUUAAACAAGCAAUAUAAACUCUGAAGAUAAAAGCAGUGCUUUAGAAGAAAAUACAUGAGAACCAUUAAGCUCACAUAGGUUGGUAUGCAGUCAGAAUACCAAGUACUGAGCGUGUUACUGAAUGUAUCCCUAAACACAAAGGGUGGCUCUGCACACAUGCAAGCAGUGCACUGUCCACAAGGUAAAAAAUUAUAUUCUGCACAUUAAUGAAUAACCACCAAUAUGUUCAUUGCUGUACAUAGCCAUAUAAAAAAUGAAAAGGGAAACACGUGUAUAUUACAUACACACAAGUAUACAAAAUAUUUUUGAUCAUAGUACACUCCAGGUACACUGAUCAGUUUUUGUAGUUAGGAUUGCAUGGGAACACAAAACAUAAUGUUUACUCUUGUAAUGCAAUCACUCUGUGUUCAUAGAACUCUAAAUGAACAGUACUGUAUACAGAUUGGGAUGGACUAUGCUGGAUAUACAGGAAGCACUGCUGUAAGCAUACAAACCUUUACAUAUACUUGGUAGAUCUACACAGCACUGGAUAUACUACAGGCAAAACAACAUUAACACUAAUGUAAUCCUAUGUUUAGUAGCCAACACAAAAUGCAUUGGGAAUACUGUAUUUCAUAUUUGGUAAUCCCCAUGUUGGCACAGCACUGGUUAUAUCACAAGCAUUAAAAAGCCUUUUUUAUUGGAGGUUUACAUGUUGUGAAUUGGGAAUCUGCAGGUAUGUAAUACUCACUGUACACAGCACAGGAUUCUUUGUAGACGAUCAUGGACACAGCACUGUGUAUAUACAGCAUGUGAGUCUUUGUACUGGAUUAUCAUGGGCACAGCACAGAGUAUACAGCAAUACUAUAAUAUCCCUUAGUACUGGGUAUACACCCCCUCCCCCCCCCAGGAUGCCCUUGCUAGUUACCUUGGCUCUCUGUCUCCUGCUGGUUCUCUGGCCCUCGUGGGUCUCCGGUUGCCCACCAUGAUGCCCGGCCAUAAUGUUUGACCCUGAGGAUGGCCAGUGCCCCAGGAAGCCCUCUCUUUCUUCCAUGGAGUCCUCCCCAGAGCAGCCUGGUGUCCAGCGAGGUCAUGAUUAGGAGGAGGAGGGUAGGGGCUCCCGCCUGCCACCGCCGCUCUCUAUCUUCUUCACGGUCAGCAUGGAGAGAUGUUGGAGCGGGGCACAGCCAGGGAAGCGGUGAAUCCUCUGUGUGUGAAAGGCAAGCUGUCUAUUUUUGGUAGAUUUGCCCCUUUUUCAGCUGAAGUGGGAUAGGCCCAUUUUCGGCCCGAAAUUUCGGUGCAUCCCUAGUGAAGCAUCAAUUCCCAGCAGUCUUGUCUAAGGGUGAUUUGAUUUAUGUUGGCUGAAGAGUUUCUGUUUCCAUUUACAUCUUUGAGGUAGUGGAAUACAUGUUUUAUAAGGCAUUAGUAACAUGGGAUGCAUAAUGAAUAACAUGUUCAUAAUGUAUUUAACAAUUUUGUAAGCUUACUACCUUACAUUUAUCAUAAACACAUACAAACAUUCCUUUCCAAUAUUUGCAUUUUAUAUAUAUACAUAUAUAUAUAUUUAUUUAUUUUCCUUCCUGUCAGUCAUCAGAGUUUAAGUACAACAGAGCCAUGUUCACAUCCAAUGCACGUAAAUGGACAGAGCAGCAUGCUAUGCCCAGGACACAGGUGAGAAUGGUUUCCACACUUCAUACCAAUGACUCUAAUCUAGAGAUUAAUGGUCAGGUUUAAUUUCAUUUUUAGUUUAUGUACAAUUGUCAUGUUUUGGUUUGGUUUUCAGUGCAUUUAUUAUAUUUCUUUACAGGACACUAAAGCUGAUUUAAAAGAAAAUGUUACACCAACUGAAAGCACUUUACAGAAAAGAAAGAGUGAGGAACUCCCAAGGGAACCCAAAAAAUCUUUCAAAGGACCAUGAAAACAAAUUUUCUUCAUUUGUGUAUGUGUAUAGUUAUAUUGUAUAUAUUUUUGUAUUUUCUGCAUCAUUAAAAAAAGUGUAAUUUUCACAUAUUUGUUUAGCCACUUCAUAGUUUAGAUUGCAGAAAUAGGCAACACAAUUUUACCUGUAAUAAUAUUCAGGGAUUUUGUUAAUGUUAUGUAUAUAAAGAAUAAAAUUUGUUUUAAAGUUUGUGAGUUUUUUUUGUUUUUUUUGUUUUUGUUUUAAAGAGAACUGUCACAUGUAAAGGGACACUAUAGUCACCUGAACAACUUUAGCUUAAUGGAGUUUUGGUGUAUAGAACAUGCCCCUGCUCAAUCUCUGCCAUUUAGGAGUUAUAUCCCUUUGUUUAUGAACCCUAGUCACACCUCCCUGCAUGUGACUUGCACAGCCUUCCAUAAACACUUCCUGUAAAGAGAGCCCUAUUUAGGCUUUCUUUAUUGCAAGUUCUGUUUAAUUAAGAUUUUCUUAUCCCCUGCUAUGUUAAUAGCUUAUUAGACCCUGCAAGAGCCUCCUGUAUGUGAUUUAAAGUUCAAUUUAGAGAUUGAGAUACAAUUAUUUAAGGUAAAUUACAUCUGUUUGAAAGUGAAACCAGUGGGGUUUUUUUCAUGCAGGCUCUGUCAAUCAUAGCCAGGGGAAGUGUGGCUAGGGCUGCAUAAACAGAAAUAAAGUGAUUUAACUCCUAAAUUACACUGAAUUGAGCAGUGAAAUUGCAGGGGAAUGAUCUAUACAUUAAAACUGCUUUAUUUAGCUAAAGUAAUUUAGGUGACUAUAGUGUUUAACAUAAUUUGUUGGAUAACCUUCAUAACCUACCAGUUGUCAUGAAAUUAAUUUUUUUUAGCAGGUCUAGAGAAAACACUACACUAGAUGCAAGCUUCACACUCAAAUCUGACUCUAAGAGUGGACACCUAUUGAUCACAGGAGCCUGAGAAAUUAUAACAUUAGAGGGUUAUCAGUUGCUUUGACUCCAUAAGAGAUCCCACAUUUUAUUUGAAGGCUAAUAGUCUCAGUGAUUCCUACCAAGCAAGCAAAAUUGAUUACUCUUGACCGGGCCUCCCAAAUUUCCUGAUCUCCAUAGGCACUAGUUGCCUCCACCAGGGACAUACUUCAAUGUCAAUCCUACGCAGAUAAUCAAAGACCCAUGAAAACACUCCAGGAAAAGGCACCUCUGGACUUUGAAUCGCAUAAUCUAACUUUCUUUCAAGAUCUCAACCGCUCCACACUGCUUUAAUGGAAAUCGAUGCAGCCGAUCAUAAAGAAGCUACUAGAAGUGGGCGCACCAUGGAAACUGCUUGUCUAUAAUAAGAAGACGUAUAAGGCCACAGCCCCUGACAAAGCCUCCACUUUAAUUGCAACUUUUGGCAUAGAGUGAUUCACACUAGCAGCAACAAGACAUGGGCCCACACAUAACUGGGAUAUCUCAAACAUGGUACCCAUUUGUCCCUACCAGGGGACAGGACUCUGUGACCUAUGAGCAAAUAGUUUGCAGGCACUUGAUAAUUAUGUCUUUUUUACACCACCCACUGAACCAUCACAAGGUGGUCUUCAGGUGUCUGCUCCAUACUUAGUUUUCUGAUAAUAUUUUUGGUUUCACCACUGGGGUUUCUUUCUGAUUUCUUUAAAAGAUUC